AUGGCCCACGGCUGUUCAGCUCACAUCAGUUCAGUUAGGUCAGCUCAGCUUUUGCUGUUGGCGCGCCUCCUUGGCCAACAUCAGACGGCCGUCCGGGAGUCUGACUGGAGAGUAAAAACACAAGCACUCGCCUGUCUAUCUUUACUAUCUACACUUGCUUGUCUUGGCUCGGUUACAUUUCACGGCCAGUGGGAUAGCAAAGAGAGCGCAAGCUUAAAAGGAUAUGGUACACGCGGGGUGUUUGGCUUUCCGCUAAGAGCAAGCAUGUGGGAUCGGAACAUUUCCCGCCCGGGCUCCCGGAACGAAGAGAUUCUGCAAGGCAGGCACAGAAGAUUUAAUGCCCGCAUUUUCGAAGGGACCGUAGGAAACAGGGAAAGCGAGAGGACGAAAACGAGAGGAAGGAAACGAAAGGAAGAAAAAAUACGUCCGGAUCUCGAGAGGCGACAAAACGGCAUGGCCGAUAUGGGAAGCCCCGUCAGCCGCAGCCGUCAGCCUCACCGACCCGGGGUUGGGUGGAUUUAUGGACGGUUUUGGCGCGAGGUAGAUUCCAAAAUUUACGAGGGGAGCCUCCUCAACCUUUUCCUGUUUUGCUAUCUCCGCCGAGAUACUUUCGGCGACGGUGGAUUGGUCGUUAAUACGAGACUUGUCCUUGGCCAGCUUGCACGAGCUUUUUAUACAAAGCCCGUCAAGGCUAGUUGCACACGUUAUUGUUUGGCGGCAGGUGCUAUGGCGGCAACCUACGUGGUAAUGUGGGACAUCGUGCCCUUCGUUGGCUUCCAAGUACGGACGCCACACCAAGGGCAUCCCAAGUUACUCUACACGAAUAUGUCGACGCCGACGGCGCGCUUGGGCGACGCGCCAGAUCCGGCCUUGGCCUGCGCGGGGAACAACAAUGUGAAGUAA